GCAGUCUUCUUCUUCAUGAUAAGAUUUGAUUUUGUCGUUCGCCGUUUUGAAAAAUAAGAAAUCCUUAAAUCGCCGCGCAAAAUACCACGAAACGGUAUGUUUGAUUCUAAAAAAAAAUAAAAAUACUACUGCGCAUUAAUAUAAAACAAGUGCAACCCUGCUUUCAUUGAGAAAACAUAGCGGUUUAUUCGGAUGUUGUUGCUGCUGAGCGCGUAAAAAUUCAAAGCAAUUCCCCAAAAAUCGCGCGUUUCUUCGUUAUUUUUUUCGAGUGUGUUUUCUGCGAAUAAAUAAGAAUAUGCUAAAAUUUCGCAAUGCCAAAUGAGCUAUAAACAAAAAGAGCUAUUUAAGAACUGAUUAAAAAUGCCGAAUCACCUGAAUUGAGGGGAUACGAGGAGACAAGACGCGAGAACCACGAGAGGCGACCUAAAUCAGCUGGGGAAAAAUCGAGGAUCGAGGGGGAACAUCAGCGCAAUGGCCAUCAAUCAGGGCAAGUACAAACCGACGAUCUGCGCCAUCGACGAGGUGGACGACCGCAGUUUCAAGCUGCACAACAGCCAGGACGAGAUCGGUGGCAAGCAGCAGCUGCAGCAGAUCGAGGGCAGCGAGACGGCUCCGCUGACCACAAACCAGCAGAAGCUGCACAUGGACGACGGCUCCCAUCUGACGCCCAAGGAUCUGGAGGCGGCGCGCCAGGAUGCCCUCAACGAAGUCGGAGGAGGAGCCGGCGGCAGAGCACCGGCAGCCAUCACGCCCAACUCCACACAUCCCUCGGCCAAUGGACUGAGAGCCUUGCUGCUUCCAGGCCGACGAUCCUUCGACGCGCUGAUGAGCCUGUCGCGCAAGCGGCGCAUCCUUUACGUGACCACCGCCUGCCUGUGCGCCCUGCUCCUGCUGAUCAUCAUCCUGCUGCUGGCCUUCUGGCCGGAGGUGCCCUUCUACCUGCGGGCGCCGCUCUGCCUGGAGAAGGAGUGCGUGGAGAGCAGCCGGCAGCUGCUCCUCUGGGCCAACACCUCGAAGAGUCCCUGCCACGAGACGUACGAGUGGGCCUGCGGCAACUUUGCCAGCGACUACGCCAACCACGACUACUUUGUGAUCAAACGCGGCGAGUGGAACUACGAGACUUACAAUGAGUAUCAGGAACUCAACGAACUGAAUCGCUUUAUUUCAAUGCUGCCCAAUUCGCAGGAGGGUUCCGUGGAGACCACGGUGACCAGUCUUUAUCGCAGCUGCCGCGAGACCGAUGUCCUGGACAAGAGCCAGUCGGAUCUGCUCCUGAAACGAGCCAUCAACGGAGUGUAUGGCUGGCAGGCAUUUCGCGAGACCAAUCGGCUGCAAUCCUGGGACUACAGGCGGGUCCUGGUCCUCCUCCAGGCCAAACAUGGCAUCUUUCCCUACUACCGCGUCAGCGUGGAGAACGGCUACAGUAAUCCCCACGACUAUGUGAUCACCUUGGACGAGGGCGAGAUUGGCCUGCCCGACAAGUACUUCUAUGGCGACGAUGCCGACGAAGAAGUGGUUCGGGGCUAUAAGCUGCUCCUCAGGGAUUUUGCCAUCAACAUGGGAAUCGUUUCUCGGGAGGCUGAUCUAUUUGCCGACGACAUUUUCCACUACGAGCGUCGUAUUGUAAAGCACAUUGAAGAUGCCAAAGCUGAUGGACAUCGCCAGCUGAAUAAACUAAUGCGCUUGGCCGAUCUGAAGACUAAAGCUCCCUCUCUACCCAUUUUGGAGUCCCUUCAGGCUAUUUUUCCAAAAACCAAAAUCACUGAAGACACAGAGGUUUUGGUACGCGAUGUAGAGGUCAUGCAUGCUCUAUCUAUUCUACUCUCCACCUCGGAUAAAAAGCCAAUUAACAACUUUAUUAUUUGGUCGCUGGCCCGUAAAAUGCUGCCGCAUUUGUCCAAGGAGUAUCGCACACUGGCGGAGAACUUCGACCAUGCCCUCUAUGGACGCACCGCCAGCUAUCCCAGGUGGCUCAUCUGCAGCAAGGUGGUGCGCGAUUGGCUGCCCUUCGCGGUGGAUGCACUGCAGCAACAGCCACCACGACAGCAAUUCGAAACGGCGGCCACGAAGAGCAGGGGACUGAACAAGACGCAGGGCAACGAGGAGCUCCUCAAGCUGAUGUUCUUCAGUCUGCGGAACCAGCUGAAGGAUUCGCUGGACCAGGCCAAGUGGCUGGAGCCGGCGGCCAGGCAGUUCAUCCAGAAGAAACUCAACGAGAUGCGAUUGCAGUUCGGCAUACCCGAUGAGGUCUUGCAGCAGCCCAACUACCUAGCACAAUACUACAACGAACUGAUCCUGACCAAUGUGUAUUUCGUGGAGCACUUGGAGGGCAUUUGGACCUUCCGUCGCUUUCAGAUGGAGAAGAAGCUGGGCACGCUGGGCAUGCUGGAUGUCAUUGUGUCCGAGAUGUACACAAGGGAAAAUCCACAGGCCAUCGCCUACUCCAACAAACUGAACAUGCUGCUCGUCUCAAGGGUGUUGAUCAGCUCCAGCUACUACGACUACCGAUACCCUGUAGCUGUGAACUUUGCUCGUAUAGGCACUGAUAUAUUGGAGGCCCUGAUCGACAACUUCUCCACCUUCCUGCUGCAGUUCAACACCCAGAGCACGGACAUCAGUGACGCCGCACCGGAGAUUUUGUACCCCCGACCGGAUGUGAAUUGCCUGGCGGCGGGACAGCCAACUCGAUUGGUCCACGAAUUGAAUGAGUUGUCGAGCAGUGCACUGAAGAGCUUCCAUGUGACCCUGAGUGCAGCCCGAACGGCGGCCAGGGCGUUGAGCAACUUUGUGAAUGCCAUCGAUGCGGGCAGUGCCAUCCAGGGAUCGGGAAUCGACCAGGUCAACACAUACGAGGCCCUGGGACUCACCAGGCGCCUGAGGGUUCCAGGACUGCGGUCCUUCAACGAGAACGAGCUGUUCACGCUCUCCUACAUGCAGCAGCACUGCAGCACCACCAUUGCGGACAAGGACUAUGCGAGGAUCAAGCCGCUGGUGGAGAGCCAGCUGGCGGAGAGUUAUCUCUUCAAUGCCACCUGGCAGCACAUUCAGUUCCUGCCCCGCUCCACAAACUGUGCCGCCGCGGAGGCGAGUUGCUCCAACCUGCUCUGAGAUGCGUUUGCCCAUCCACCAGGACCUACCACUCCGCCAGAGCCCUGUGGAUGAACACGACGAUGAUGGAUCAACAUAUUUAUUGUCCUUUUUUUUUACUCCCACACAUUGCCAGAGACAGAGAUGCAGAACACACACGAUACGAACACAGACAGCUACCCCCCACACACAUCGCCUUAGUUGUAGUUUAGUUAUUAAGCCUAGCACGUAGUUAAACCAUGAAGGAUCAGACUUAACUUUGACUAGCCACUGUUGACAUCACGCCACACAUUCGCACGAUGCUUCCACUGGACACGAAGUAACCAAGUGGAGCAGAAAGUCGGCUUAAGUUCGAAACCCUACGCCUAGUUUAGUCUAGUUCAGUAACCUAUACUUAGUUAGUUGCUAAGCGCCGUCUGCCACCCUGUAUAAAUUGAAGAAUUUGAUUUUUGGAGAACAAUUAAAUGAGAAUGACGUUUCACACAA